UACAUAACAGUUUCAACGAAAUAACAGUAACGAGAAAUUUAAUAAAAUAACGAUGUUCAUUUUUCGUCCUAUUCCGUUCAUUUCUUUGGCGGGGGAUUUUUAAUGUCGACCACCGCCUUUGACUUUUAUUGUACCUCCACCAAACGAGAGUUCCUGUGCAUGUGCUCUGAGAAAAGAAGAGUCUCGCCGAGAGAGAGAGAGAAGAGAAGAAGUUGAAGACUUAAAUGCAAGAGAUGGAAGAUGAUAUAGUCACGGAAGAAGAUCUAUUGGUCAGGCAUCGUAAAGAGAAGAAAAAUCUCCAAGCUCAGAUCCAGAAGAUCAAGCACUCUGUGCCAAAAGGGGACAAAAAGCGCAAGAAGGAAGCUACAGAUGAGAUUGCCAAACUUGAAGGGGAUUUGAAGAAGAAGCACGACGAGGAAUCAGCCAAGUUGGUGGCAUCUUUAAAUGAAAAAGAGUCGGUUCAGGAAGUUGGGAAAGGAAUAUCCAAACUGACCACUGAUGAUAACGAUAAUGGACCAACAGAGGAAGUCCGGAAAAUAUCGAAAGCGCAAAAGCGUAGGGACAAAAAAGCUAUUCCCUCAGAUGGCAACUGCCUCUACAAUGCUAUUUGUCAUCAACUGGCCCUGAAAAACAUUCAGAAGAAUACCAGAAAAUCUGUAAAGACAUUGCUACAACGCCUGCCUGGGGUGGACAGAUAG